AGCAGGAUCCCGAUAUCCCACACCUUAGCCGUCUGGAUUUAUCAGUCUACCGGGCGUAAGAACUUUACCCAAUUCUCUUCUGCUUCAUCAUCAUCAUCAUCAUCAUCACCAUUGUCAUUGUCAUCAACUCCUUCGCUUCUUGUGUCUAUUAACAGAUAUCUAUGGUGCUGGCGUCAUUUCCCAAUGGGUAGGGCUGAGACUCAUAUGCCACCUCGAUAUGACUUACAUACCGGCACUUAUCGAGCGCGCAUCACCCACAGGAGUUUUUAACGGAACGCCACCGGACCACUUACCUGCCGAAAAUGGGUUAUACGUUUGGCGCACGGCGGUCGCCAUGCCGUUCGUCACAUUCUUCUUCGUCAUGUUGCGCUUCUACACCCGAAUUUACAUACUGAAGGCUAAGAAGUACACGAUUGAUGAUUAUAUUGUGGCUCUGACGAUGCUCGUUAGCAUCGCCCACUCCGUCCUCAUGGCCAUCGCGACAUAUAACGGAAUGGGCUUACAUAUAUGGCAAUACAACACGGAACUCAAUUCGCGUUAUUAUCUGUGGAUCGGGAUCACAUCCGAGUUUUAUGCACUCGGCCUGUGCGGCUUCAAGUCCGCGCUACUCAUCAUGUAUAUCCAACUAUUCGGCGUAUACAAGAGGUUUAGAUGGACAUGUUACGGUACUCUGUUCUUCUGCGUGGGCUAUCUAUUCUGCAAUAUGAUGACCGAGUUUCUUGGUUGCCAUCCGAUCAGCAAGAAGUGGCACCCGGAAAUCCCGGGAGUUUGCAUCAAUAGCACUAUCGCGGCUACUUUCUACGGAGCUUGCAGCAUGGCUAGUGAUCUAAUCAUCGCCAUCUUACCGCUUACGAUGAUAUGGAAAUUGCAAGUGGCGACUACGCGACAGAAGAUCGGGUUGAGCUUGGUUCUGAGUUGCGGCUUUAUUUCCUGGGCGAUAGCUGUUGCUCGUUGGGGAAUUGCGACAUUUAAUUUGGUUGGAACCACCGACAGACCAUGGUGGGCCGGUAUCAGUUUCACCUUGUCGAUUUUCGAAGUUCAAACGGGACUCAUCUGCGCUUGCGUCGCAACCCUAGCACCCCUUUGGAAGUUGGCGUGCUCGCACGUCAGGGACUGGACGGGUUGGAGCAGUCAUCAGAGUACGAAAGUCAUGACCUGGCCGUCUUUCGUACGGAAACCUGACUAUACCCAGUCUUCCGGCGACACUAAGAAGUCGGGCGGGCAUUGGGCACGAGCAAAUAAUACCAUCGGAGGACAUGGCAACCCGGCUGGCCGGGGCAACCAUAUGACGAGCUACGCUGAUACGACGUUGAACGCGAGUCACGACGACGAGUAUGACCUGUUGGGUGUCUCCGAAUGGCAUUCUCACACAACGAGAGAAGACAGGUCCCAAAGGAGCGUGGAUGUAUGAGGCGAAUGUAUAUUGAUGUACUUGUUUUGGAAUUUACUUGUUCACAUUAUGGCUAACACGUAUAUACCCCAAUUAGCGAAUGAAAACUUUUGAUUUUAUCUCACUUUAAGGUCUCACCGCAACUCUCGAGUCACGGAAUUACUUGGUCUAUUUAUCACGUCUUCUAGCGGCCGUAAACUCGAAUUCGUCCACCGCUUUAUCAGCGACGACUCAUGACUGACGCAUAGAUUGCCGUGGCUAGGAACUUCCUUCAUCACGUCUUUGAAUCGAGUAAAUAUCACGCAUAACUCGUUGACGAUGCUCAAGUCCUAUUGCGGCAAUUUAUCAAGGGCCAAUUGUCGGUAUCCGGGUUGAAGGAUCAAUGGAUUAUGUUCCUACCCUAAUCCUAGCCCUACAUAAAUUUGCGGCUCGG